UGCUAGCGUUCACAAGUGCUUACUUGGAUCUCGCGUGGAUUGUGUGUUUUUUGUCCGUCUCUCUGCAGAGAUUAUUAUAGUGCCACCGUCUGUGUGUGAGAAGGAAGCCGGCUUUCCAAAUCACCACCCAAAACUCAGCUACUUUCCUAUUUAGCUCAAGAGGCAGAAGAAGCUCAGCUCACCAUGCCAGUCCCAGAGCUCCAGAAGCCAACCCCGAAAUUCUCGGGAACCGCCGUCGUCAACGGUGCCUUCAAGGAAAUCAAGCUAGAAGACUAUGCCGGCAAGUACCUGGUUCUGUUCUUCUACCCGUUGGACUUCACCUUUGUCUGCCCGACCGAGAUCAUCGCCUUCUCGGAUCGCGUCGAGGAGUUCCGGAAGAUUGGCUGCGAGGUGAUCGGAGUCUCGACCGACAGCCACUUCACCCAUCUGGCCUGGAUCAACACUCCCCGCAAGCAGGGAGGUCUCGGAGAGCUGCGAAUCCCUCUGCUGGCCGACAAGUCGAUGAAGAUUUCCCGUGACUACGGAGUCUUGCAGGAGGAGAGCGGUGUCCCAUUCCGUGGCCUGUUCGUCAUCGAUGGCAAACAGAAUCUCCGUCAAGUGACCGUCAAUGAUCUGCCCGUGGGACGCAGCGUCGAUGAGACCCUCCGUCUGGUCCAGGCAUUCCAGUUCACCGACGAACACGGUGAGGUCUGCCCGGCCAACUGGAAGCCCGGUUCCAAGACCAUGGUCGCAGACCCACAAAAGUCGAAAGACUACUUCAACGCUGCGAACUAAAUACUACGUAAUACCCAUUUUUAGCGUUAAGAAGCUGUUGUGGCUAUAGAGAUAACUCUGAAAACUGUAUCCUUGUUGAACCAACACAAAAUGACACUAACUACUUUGUAAUAGGCCUGCACGUACGCGUGUGUGUGAAUUAGCAUUGUUUUAUUCAUCAAAUGAUAGCAACCAGUAACUGUGGCUCUUCUAUGGUAUUCCAAGAAGCAGAAGAAUGAGAGCAAUAAAAAAAGUAUUGUUUUUCUACACCUCAA